CAUUGGCCGCUGUGUUGUCAAGCAAACAAACAUAUCGUAUUCAAUGACGUCAAAAACAAUUAUGAUGUCACAUUAUUAGCGUUAACAUGACGACUAAAUUUCUUGACUUGCUCGCUGCAAUGGAAAAUUCGUCUUCCAGGUUCUUUCAAGGAUUCUCACUUGAGGAUUACAGGCUUCAAGCUCUUUUUAAGACACUGGAAAAGGAGAAAAAGCAAUGUUUGAAUCAGCUGAAGGAGCAAACACACCUAUUCAAAAUGUCUCUCCGUCCACCAGUGAAGUCAGGAGAAGAAUAUUGGAGCCAGUAUGGAGAAAACUAUCACGCCAAUGGAGACAAAAGAGAAAGAGAUUCUGUUACUCAUCUGAGUGCAGAACUCAAAGAAGAUCUGAAUAAGAACAACACUAUGCCUGUCAGCCCCAAAAUUAACAGCCCGGCAGAAGAUGAACAUUGUGGAUUGAAUCCAUCUGGUAAAAGACCAAGAUACUUCCAAAGGAACAAAAGUAAACAAAAUGCCGACAGAAAUGCUCAAAGAAAGAAAAAGCCAGAGUCAAUAAGCUUAACAUUACUGGAAAUAUUAUGUUCCGACGUUGAAAAUGGUGUCCUACUAACAAAGACUGGAAAUCAUAGCUACUCUGGCUGUGAAGCUAGCGAAAAAUGCUUUAAGGAUGGUGUUAGCCGAAUUCGAUCACAAUCAAAUCAAGAAGAAAGACUCAACGUUGUAGGCCAACCGGAGGUCAGAAAUAGAUCCACAUCUACGAGUUCUGCGGCAGUACAUAACUUUGAGAACUCUCUGAAAUCACCAUCAUCGACUGACCUAAGCUGUCAGGUAACUAACACUUCAGAGCUAGAGAGAUCUGUACAAAAUCUAAGUUUAAGUUCUGUGCAUUCCAAAAUCGAUUUCUGGCCUGGUGAAACCCCAAAAAGUUCACAGUCGACAAAAAUUAACAUCAGAAAGGACGUGGCACGUAAUUUGGAAUCCUCUAGGAACUCAAGCACCACGAAGAACGAAAGGAGCAUGGAUUCUGAUGGGUCGGGAAGUUGCAGAUUCGUGCAUUUUAGCGAUGGGCGCAAGCUUAAAAAGAAAAAAGGGAAAAAGAAAGACCCGGGUACGAAACAAGCCAAUGACAAACUGAACAGGACUGAAAGCUCGGACGUUAAAUUUUUCCAAAUUGAUGUUCCACCAGGUUCGAACAGAGGAAAAUCGCAGGAAGAGAUGGCCAAGGAGACCAGGGAGAAAAUGGAUCAAUUCUUCGCCAAAGUAGAUCGCACAAAGAGUUUUCAAACAAAAAGGCUAAGAUGGCGCUGUGUCAGUGGCAACAGCGGACGUAGUGCUUGGAAAAGGGAAAACAAGGCAUGUUUGGAUCAGGAGAAACUUCUUCCUCAAGAAAUAAAGAACGUAAAAGGCUACCGUCGAGCUCAUCCGUGGCCAACUCAAGUUUGGAGCUAAACUGAAAAGGUUCUUUACGAGGUUCAACUUCUAGUAUUAAUAUCAUGUGUUAUGUGCUAUUUGUUGCAUCAGGAUGAAACUAAAUUUUAAUGUCGUUGUCGUCAUUUCACUAACUUAUUCCAACUUAAAAUAGUUUUGAAGCUGAAUAUUUUUCGGUUAACACUGAAACACGAGUAAGACAGCACAUUACCCUUGUCUUUAACUAGUUACAGCGGUAUUCCGUCCAGGCCGU